AUGCUCAACGUGAGCGACCUGACGCCGGCAGAAUGGUGCCAAAUCUUCUUCGUCGCCAACGCUGGCUUCAUCCUGAUGCUGCAAGCUCUCCCGGACGACAUGCGUCGGGCGUUGAUGGACUACGGCGCCAGAAGAGCCACGUCCCGCCAGGCUUCCGCAAAAAAGGGUCAGGCCGAGGUACCCAAGGAAGGCUUCUUCGACGUCUUGACGAGCUAUGGCCAGGUGCCGCACUCGUGGUUCAUACACUUCUACAUCACGUCCGUGUCGUGGUCCAUCUUCUGGGGCUGGCAGUUCGUGUCCAAGGGAUCGGUGAUGCGGGCCCUGGCCGAGAGGCAGCACAGAGCUGCGGGGAAUGAGCCAUCGUCGGAGGUCGAGCUCACAGCAACGCUGGUCGCGUGGCUCUUGAUGAGCUCGCAGGGAGCGAGAAGACUGUUUGAGUGUCUCUUUGUCACCAAGCCUGGGUCAUCGCCCAUGUGGUUUGUCCAUUGGGUUCUCGGAUUGGCCUAUUACACAACCCUGGGGAUCUCUGUCUGGAUUCAAGGCUCAGGAGCAAUUCUUCGGUCGUGGGAGUCCCCGCAGCCCAUCCACUUCACGCCACAAAUCAUUAUCGGGGCGGCAGUCUUUGGAUUCGCAGGCGCCCAGCAAAAUGAAUGCCACAGGUAUCUGGCAGGGCUCAAGAAGUACACGCUCCCGAGCGAGGGCUGGUUCAAGUACUUCGUCUGCCCCCACUACACAUUCGAAUGCCUCCUCUACUUGAGCCUUGCCGUUGUUGCGGCGCCGACAGGAUGCUGGGUGAACGGAUCCAUCCUGUGCUCAUUGACGUUUGUCCUGGCCAAUGUCGGCUCAACGGCAUACGGCACCAAGAUUUGGUAUGCCGAAAAGUUCGGGGCGGACAAGGUGGAGGGGAAAUGGAUCAUGAUUCCCUUUGUAUUCUAA